AUGGAUCACACGAAGGAGGAGUUGUUGGGGUUGAUGGGGGACAAGCCGUACCUCUGGUUGGCACCUAUUUUGGGGACUGUGCAAGGAGGGUACUACUUCCGGGACGUAAGGAUCGAUUGGGAGGAGAUCUAUGGAAACGAGGCCUAUGGGACGGUGUUCAUGAGGAUCUUGACAGAAGGUAAUGCUCUGGUUUCGGACUUCGAUCCGAAUUCGAUACUACCCCAAAUCAGCUUUGUGGACCCUUGUGACCCUAGGUUGAGGGGAAGAAGCUUGGACAUAAGGCACGGAGGGGCAAGGCUGGCCUUACGGUAUGGGUGGGUCAGUAGAGAGGUAACUAGGGAUGAGAUGAGGUACAUCAACGAGGUUCGAAUGGCCUACAGGUGGAGUCCCUCCCGAGGAGAAGUAGUGCCACUGGUGGAUGAUGGAAGGAGUUGGGUAGUGCCUUGGCCACUGGAAGGAAGAGGAACGGAUAUCAACAACGAAGCAGCCUCAUGGGAUAUUCAUCUUCCCCCUCCCAUCAACUCUCGAAUCUGCAUCGACACCCGCUUCCCUCUUCUCCGCUUCUAUCCCUUACCUGAACCGCCUCCACCUACUCCUCCCCUCUUUCCCAAUACCUAUAUGGGAAAACCCCUAACUAUCGUCAUCCCUCCUCCACCUAUGCCUCAAUAUGCGCCUCCUCAAUACCCUCAGCACAUGCCCCAACCUUCACCACCCCCUAUGCCGUUUCAUGCCUCUAACUCACCCCCACCUCCUCCUCCAAACCCUUCCACUCCGCCUCCUCCUAACCCCUCCCCUCCCUCUCCUAAUCCACCACCCUCUUCUCCUCCGCCUCCCUCACCUCCCCAUUCCCCAUCCCCUUCCCUGACGUACGACUCCAUCUCCUCUCUCCCUCCUGACUCUCCUACAAACCAAGCUCCUUCAUAUUCUCCCGACUCUCCAUCUACCACCCCUACACCCUCCACCCCCUCCUCGGACGACUAUACCACUCCUUCACCCCCCUCAUCUUCCUCCCCCUCUAAUCUCACCACCUCUGAAGGGGAACUUCCCUGGAUCCCAAGGUUCUUUGUGGCAAUGCCCAUGGACUAUGAGUUGGAGCAUGGGGAGAUAUUUCUGGACCCAUUUGGAAGGAGGGUAAGGCGGGCAGUAACCGUUGGUUGGUUGAGGGAGCCGGUGGUGCUACAGUUGGAGGCGUUGUACCGACCGUAUGGACAAAUGAGGGACAGGCCGGGACCGGCGUAA